AGGGGGUGGAGGAGUGUUGUUAACCGGGACGCCUCCGCAGUCGCGGGGUUUGAGCGGGCUCGCGGCGGUGGGCUCCUGGUGUCCAGGCCAGGGCAAUGUUCCGCACCGCAGUGAUGAUGGCGGCCAGCCUGGCGCUGACCGGAGCAGUGGUGGCUCAUGCCUACUACCUCAAGCACCAGUUCUACCCCACGGUGGUGUACUUGACCAAGUCCAGCCCCAGCAUGGCAGUCCUGUACAUCCAGGCCUUCGUUCUUGUCUUCCUUUUGGGCAAGGUGAUGGGCAAGGUGUUCUUCGGACAGCUGAGGGCAGCAGAGAUGGAGCACCUUCUGGAACGUUCCUGGUAUGCGGUCACGGAGACUUGUCUGGCCUUCACUGUCUUUCGGGAUGACUUCAGCCCCCGCUUUGUUGCGCUCUUCACUCUCCUUCUCUUCCUCAAGUGUUUUCACUGGCUGGCUGAGGACCGUGUGGAUUUUAUGGAACGCAGCCCCAAUAUCUCCUGGCUCUUUCACUGCCGCAUUGUCUCCCUUAUGUUCCUCCUGGGUAUCCUGGACUUCCUCUUCGUCAGCCAUGCCUAUCACAGCAUCCUGACCCGUGGGGCCUCUGUGCAGCUGGUGUUUGGCUUUGAGUACGCCAUCCUGAUGACUAUGGUGCUCACCAUCUUCAUCAAAUACGUGCUGCACUCCGUGGACCUUCAGAGCGAAAACCCCUGGGACAAUAAGGCCGUGUACAUGCUCUACACAGAGCUGUUUACAGGCUUCAUCAAGGUUCUGCUCUAUCUGGCCUUCAUGACCAUCAUGAUCAAGGUGCAUACCUUCCCUCUGUUUGCCAUCCGGCCUAUGUACCUGGCCAUGAGGCAAUUCAAGAAAGCUGUGACAGACGCCAUCAUGUCUCGCCGAGCUAUCCGCAACAUGAACACACUGUACCCAGAUGCCACCCCAGAGGAACUCCAGGCAAUGGACAAUGUAUGCAUCAUCUGUCGAGAAGAGAUGGUGACUGGUGCCAAGAAACUGCCCUGCAACCACAUUUUCCAUACCAGCUGCCUGCGCUCCUGGUUCCAGCGGCAGCAGACCUGCCCUACUUGCCGUAUGGAUGUCCUUCGUGCAUCGCUGCCAACCCAGUCACCACCACCCCCUGAACCUGCGGAUCAGGGACCACCACCUGCCCCCCAUCCCCCACCACUCCUGCCCCAGCCCCCCAACUUCCCCCAGGGCCUCCUGCCUCCCUUUCCACCAGGCAUGUUCCCGCUGUGGCCCCCCAUGGGCCCCUUUCCACCCGUCCCACCUCCCCCCAGCUCGGGAGAGGCUGCGGCCCCUCCGUCCACCAGCGCAGCAGCCCUUUCUCGGCCCAGUGGAGCAGCCACAACCACAGCUGCUUCUGCUGCCUCUGUCCCGGCACCUGGCUCUGCCCCCACCUCCGAGGCUGCUCCCACCCCGGGCUUCCCCUUCCCCCCUCCCUGGAUGGGUAUGCCGCUGCCGCCACCCUUUGCCUUCCCCCCAAUGCCUGUGCCCCCUGCCGGCUUUGCUGGGCUGACCCCAGAGGAGCUGCGGGCUCUGGAAGGCCACGAGCGGCAGCACCUGGAGGCUCGGCUGCAGAGCCUGCGCAACAUCCACACGCUGCUAGAUGCUGCCAUGCUGCAGAUCAACCAGUACCUCACUGUUCUCGCCUCCUUGGGGCCCCCCCGGCCUGCCACCUCAGUCAACCCCACUGAGGAGGCUGCCCCUACAGUUGCUGCUGCUGCCUCCUCCACCAGCAUCCCCAGCUCUGAAGCCACCACCCCAUCCCCAGGAGCUUCCCCACCCGCCCCAGAACCUGAAAAGCCUCCAGCUCCUGAGUCAGUGGGCACCGAGGAGCUGCCUGAGGAUGGGGAGCCCGAUGCAGCAGAGCUCCGCCGCCGCCGCCUGCAGAAGUUGGAGUCCCCCGUUGCCCAUUGACACUGCUCCAGGCCUGGCCCCUGCUCCCUCUCGAGCAGCCCUUGCUGGAACAUGUCCUGCCACCAAGUGCCAGCUCCUCUCUGUACCAGGGAGCAGUAACCCCCACAUCUGAGACAAAGGAGGUGGCAUCCCCUAGGCCAAGUGGAAAGAGGCCUAAGGCCCCAGUUGACUCCAGCCCUUACAGUCCUUGGGCAGCCAAGGGGAUCCUGAGUCAGUUCCAGCCUUCUCCAGCCCUGCAGCCCUGUGUUCUGCUGGGGCCUUGAAGGCAGAACAGCACAGCCUCUGAGAAGCCCUCUGAGCCCCACUUGCGUGUGUGGAGUCACACUGCAGUGCCGAACAGUAUUAGCUCCCAUUCCUAAGUGAGGACUCACGGGUCUGGGGGCAGGCCAGGAACUUGCUCCCUGGCCCACCAAGACUGGUACCGGUGUCCAUUUUUUACCCUAAACUCCCUGGAAGCCCUUCCUGGUGGUGGCUGUGUCCCUUAUGCCCUGUGACAUUUCCAUGUCUUACUGGCAACCACACAACUCAGGGAAAGGAGUGCCUGGGGGCAGAGAAGCAGGAGGGCAGCACCGAGGGACACUGCCUACAAGGCCCCUCUCCCUGUAGCUUGUCUAAAGCGAGACUGUCCCUGCUCUGACCCAGCAGCCACUGCCCAGCCUCACUCCAGGCUGAGGGCUUGUGUCUGCUCCGGAACCACUGCAAGCCCCAGAAUCUUCGGAAGGCCACUUCUCAACUUACAGAACUUGUCUGAAGUUUAAAGAAUUGGAGUGACUUCCUUGUAUUUUCUUGGGCUUAAAAUUUGUCUUUGGAUUUGAAUGCUUGACCCCAGGGAAGAGGAGCAGGAGUGCCAGGCUCCUGGUCUUUCCAGUUCAGAAAAGGCUCUGGGCAGGCAGGGAACGGGAGCCACGGCCUGCCUGUCCCUGUCUUUUCCCCCUUGGUUUUGUGUUAAGUGAGUUGCUGGAGAGUUUCAGAUGAUUAUUUAAUUUGUAAAUAUUGUACAAAUUUUAAUAGCUUGAAUUGUAUAUACAGCCAAAUAAAAGCUUGCAUUAACAAUUGGUA